AUGAUUGAGAAUGAACGACUAAGCUUCAUUCGUCAUAACCAAGAUAAUCUCAAAGCUAAUUUGUACCAAAAUUUUAUUCAUGCAUUUAAAAAAGGUGAAGAUGUCGCAGCCAAAACUGGAAAGUGUAUCAUAAUACCUUCUUCUUUCAUAGGCGGACCUAGAUAUAUGGCUGAAAGUUGUAAAGAUGCUUUUGCAAUUUGCCGUUGGGCUGGGUAUCCUUAUCUUUUUAUUACAAUUACAUGCAAUCCUAAGUGGCCAGAAAUUUCACGGCUCCUAAAUGCUAAAAAUCUAAAACCUGAAGAUCGUCCAGAUAUACUUUGCAGAGUGUUCAAAUUCAAAUUGGAUCAAUUGCUUAAUGAUUUAAGAAAGGAACAUUUUCUUGGAAGAGUUAAUGCAUAUGUUUGUACCAUUGAGUUUCAAAAGGGUGGAUUGCCUCAUGCUCACAUCCUACUGUUCUUGCACCCUUCUGACAAGCCAAAUAGUGGAAUUGAUAUUGAUAGAUUGAUUUCAGCAGAGAUUCCUAAUAAAGAUACCCAUCCAUCCCUGUUUUCGGCUGUCAACACUUACAUGAUGCAUGGUCCUUGUGGUCCUGACAAUUACAAUUCUCCUUGCAUGAAAGAUGGAAAUUGUUCAAAGAAAUUUCCCAAGAACUUCUGCUCCCGUACUUUUAUUGAUGAUGACGGAUUCCCUCAUUACAAGAGAAAUAAUGAUGGUACAGUUGUCAACAAAAAUGGUGUUGAACUUGAUAAUCGUAUGUCUCUGCAUGUGAAGCAGCUUGGAGAAUUUUUGGAUUUGAUGUUCAUUGCAGAUACCCCCCUUGUUCAGAGAUUGCCAUUUCAUCUACCCAAUCAAAAGAGCAUUGUUUUUAGUGAUAGUGCUUCGAUAUUUGAUGUAAAGACACGAGCAGAAUCUAGAAGAUCAAUGUUCGAGUCUUGGAUGGAAGCAAACAAAAAUUUCUUGGAGGGAAGGGAUCUUACUUAUGCUGAGUAUCCCACUUAUUUUGUUUACAAAGAAGAUACACAGGAAUGGCAUCCAAGAAAAAAAGGAUUUUCAAUUGGAAGACUUUUGGAUUACGACAAUGAGUACAUUGAUGCAAUUACAGAGGCAAGUACGUGGGGGUCAGCUGCCUAUCUUCGAUAUCUGUUUGCUCUAUUGUUAUUUACCAACUCCAUGACCAAACCCGAAAACGUUUGGGAAAAGUGUUGGAAGUUUCUAUCUGACGAUGUCCUUUAUAUGCAUAGGAAAAGCAUCGGACGUCAAGAUGCGGUUCUUACGGAAGAGUCUAUAAAAAACACAACACUUGCUGAAAUUGAUAAGGUACUGCAAAGCAAUGGGAGAUGUCUUUCUGAUUACCCAUCAAUGCCUCGCAUCAACGGUGAAUCUUUACUUCAUGUGCAAAAUAGAUUGGUGCUUGAUGAGUUACUUUAUGACAGAUUUUCUAUGAUGGAAGAACAUAAAAGACUAAAAAAUUCCAUGACUGAUGAGCAGAGAAAUGCUUAUGAAAACAUCGUUUCAGCAGUUUCGGCCGAUGCAGGGGGUUUGUUUUUUCUUUACGGUUUUGGUGGUACGAGAAAAACAUUUAUCUGGAAUACCCUGUCCGCUUAUUUUAGAUCAAAUGGUGAAAUUGUACUUAAUGUUUCUUCUAGCGGAAUUGCUUCUCUUUUGCUUCCUGGAGGACGAACUGCACAUUCUAGAUUUCGUAUUCCCAUUCAUAUCACUGAAGAUUCAACUUGUAAUAUCACUCAAAAUUCUCCUCUUGCCGAGUUGCUGGCAAAAACAAAGUUAAUUAUUUGGGACGAAGCCCCAAUGGUACACCGAUUUUGUUUUGAGGCCCUGGACAAAACACUGAGAGAUAUUCUUAGAUUUUCUGAUAGUAGAUGUGUUGAUAAGCCAUUUGGUGGAAAAGUCAUUGUUCUGGGAGGUAACUUUCGGCAAAUAUUACCCGUCAUUCCUCAUGGCAGCAGACAACAAAUAGUCAAUGCAACAAUUAAUUCUUCUCAUCUUUGGUCUCAUUGUCAAGAUAAUAAUUCUCAGAUUGAAGAUGACGAGUUCUCACCUGAAAUUUUAAAUACCUUCUCCUGUUCCGGAAUUCCUGAUCAUAAAUUAAUUUUGAAGGUUAAUGUGCCGGUUAUGCUAUUGAGAAAUAUUGAUCAGUCAAGAGGUUUAUGCAAUGGCACAAGAUUUCUUAUUUCAAGAUUGGGAAACUGUGUUGUUGAAGGAACUGUUCUUACCGGAAGCAAUAUCGGAGAAACUGUGUUAAUCCCUAGAAUGACGAUGAGCCCUUCAAGUCAUUCAUUUCCAAUACAUUUCCAAAGAAGACAAUUCCCACUGGUUGUUUCAUUUGCCAUGAGUAUCAACAAGAGCCAAGGACAAUCUCUUUCACAUGUGGGCAUUUAUCUCCCUAGGCCCGUCUUUACUCAUGGGCAAUUAUAUGUGGCACUUUCACGAGUGAAGAGAAAACAAGGAUUGAAAAUAUUGAUACUUGAUGAUAAUAGUUGUGUUACAAAUCGUACCUUUAACAUCGUCUACAAGGAAGUAUUUCAAAGAUUAAUGUAG